CUGAGCGCCUGGCUCCCCCGGGCUCCCCAAGAUGCUGUUCUGGCACACGCAGCCCGAGCACUACAACCAGCACUCCACCGGCAGCUACCUGCGUGAUGUCCUUGCACUGCCGAUCUUCAAACAGGAGGAGCCCCAGCUGUCUCCUGAGAGUGACACCAAACUGCCUCCGUUUCAGUAUGUUCUCUGCACAGCCACAUCCCCUGCUGUAAAGCUGCAUGAAGAAACCCUUACCUAUCUCAACCAAGGUCAGUCUUAUGAAAUCCGUCUACUUGAGAAUAGGAAAUUGGGAGAGUUUCAAGAUUUAAACACAAAAUAUGUAAAGAGCAUCCUUCGGGUGGUUUUCCAUGAUCGGCGUCUGCAAUACACAGAACACCAGCAGCUGGAGGGCUGGAGAUGGAGCCGGCCUGGGGACCGCAUCCUUGAUAUAGAUAUCCCACUGUCAGUCGGUAUCUUGGAUCCCAGGGCCAGCCCAACCCAGCUAAACACUGUUGAAUUUCUGUGGGAUCCAUCCAAAAGAGCAUCUGCAUUCAUUCAGGUACAUUGUAUCAGCACAGAAUUUACACCAAGGAAACAUGGUGGAGAGAAAGGGGUGCCCUUCAGGAUACAAAUCGACACAUUUAAACAGAAUGAGAAUGGCGAAUAUACAGAACACUUGCAUUCUGCAAGCUGCCAAAUCAAAGUGUUCAAGCCUAAGGGAGCUGACAGAAAGCAGAAAACAGACAGAGAAAAAAUGGAGAAGAAGACUGCCCAAGAGAAGGAGAAAUACCAGCCCUCCUAUGAUACGACCAUUCUCACAGAGUGUUCUCCAUGGCCAGAUUUGCCUUAUCAAGUGAACAAUGCUCCGUCUCCAAGCUACAACAGUUCUCCAAACAGCUUCAGCCUUGGAGAUGGCAACAGUUCUCCAACCCACCAAGUGGAGCUCCUGCCUCCCAGCAACGAUCACCUCCUUCCCUCUGCUUCCAUUCAAGAUGUCCAGCAGUGGCUUCAUCGUAAUAGGUUUUCUCCAUUCUGUAGACUCUUCUCAAGUUUCUCGGGUGCUGACUUACUGAAGAUGUCCAAAGAAGAUUUUGUUCAGAUCUGUGGGCCUGCUGAUGGAAUUCGGCUCUUUAAUGCAAUCAAAGGAAGAAACGUAAGGCCUAAAAUGACAAUUUAUGUCUGUCAAGAACCAGAGCAGAACAGGUCUCAUCUGCACCAAAAACGAGAGAAUGGAGAUGGUAAUCUGUGUGUAUAUCAUGCAGUCUUCUUGGAAGAGCUGACAACCCUGGAAUUAAUUGAGAAGAUUGCAAACUUGUAUAGCAUUUCCCCACAGCAGAUAAAUCGGAUCUAUCGACAAGGACCUACAGGGAUCCAUGUAUUAGUGAGCAAUGAGAUGGUGCAAAACUUCCAGGAUGAGUCUUGUUUUGUUAUCAGCACAUUAAAAGCUGAAAGCAAUGAUGGCUACCACAUCAUUUUAAAAUGACCACUCGGCCUAGCAGGACUGUAACAGCCUAAAACUACAAUGCCUCACCAAGAUUGCUGCAACCCAGACUGGAAGCAUGAAGACCCAUUUGGAUAAAGCGCUCCCAUGAACUGCAAAAUACCAAAGAUCUUAAGGAAAAAGAAACUUUUGUAGACAAGUGGUUUUCUGAGAAUGGAGAUGAGAAUAUCUUCAGAGUCUGUAUUUUUCUACCCCUUCUCUCCUAUUUAGGCUUUUAAGUUGUUGAGGGUCCUGCUUUAUUGCUCAGAUACAUCUGCCUUUUUCUAAAGGGAAAUGCAAAAUGAAAAGCAAUUCUCAUGGCUGGAACUGGUUUAUCUACAGUGCCUUCUGAGUACUCUUGCAUUCAGCACCAGUCUCAUCUCAGAUACAAGCUCUUAUCCUCUUUCUAGGCAGAGGACUAUGGGUGGGAUCCACAAACGGGUGUAGGUGUAACAACAUUGAAGGUCAUAGUGCCUAGAAAAUCCCCGGAACAACACCGCAAGCCACAAAGCCAAUUUAGACACCUCGGCUCCCUGUACAAUGAAUGGGGAGAGAUAGGCACCUUUGACUGCGAUCCACAAAGUCAACAUGCUGCAUGGAGUCACCUGUCUUGGCUAGUGAUCCACAAACUGGAGGAACACAGGUGCUUGGCUGCUCAUGUGGGACCCAAAACAUAACAGCUGGGGGGAGGAGAGGAAGGAGAGGAAGACCUCCCUUAUCGUUAGCUUAGUGGAUA